AUGGAGGUCAUAUACAUCAACUCCUCUGUGCUCUACGUCGCUCACAGACCCUACAACUCCACUGUUGGUGAGAAGACUGUCUAUGCGCAAUGCAAAGACAUGCCAGCUGUCCUCAUUUGGUACCUAGGCCUUCAGUUUAUCAACAUGUUCCUGGGCAUACCGGCCAACCUCACCGUGCUGUGGCUCAUCCACAAGAACAAAGGUGACUCCUCCACCUCAGAUAUCUUCAUCCUUCACCUGGCGAUAUUAGAUGUGUUCUUCUGCCUCAUCCCUCCUCUUGAAUUGGCCAACAUAGUCUUCCUCACCACCAGCAGCACCUGGUACAUCCUGCGCUUCUUCUACGGCCUAAAAGAUGCAUCACCACUGUUUCUUUCCUGCAUCUGCUUGGACCGGUACGUAGCUGUGGUCCACCCCAUCACCUUCACUGAGCUCAAAGACCGACAUCACAGAGCAGUCCUGGCCAUAGUGGUCUUGAUUAUCAUUUUGGCCUAUGCUGCUGCUAAAUGUGUAGGCAACAUUCCCAACUUUGAGAAGGUCUUCACAGCGAUGAUACUUGGAGCAUUUGCUUUCAUGGUCUUCUGCAACAUUGCCAUUCUGUGGGCACUGCAGCAGUCAGGGCCCGGCAGAGAUGAGAUGCACCCUGUGAAGAAGAGAGCCUGCAAAAUGGUCCUCAUCAUCCUGGCCAUCAUCGUGUUCAACUACUUUCCACCUGUGGCGCUGUUCCCCUUCCAGGAAUAUUUCUCUCCUGACGUGUUUCGAUGCUAUAUUCACUACGUGGCCUUCGGCUUGAUGGAUUUCAGCAGUACCGUUCAACCGAUGCUCUACCUCUCCAAGGAAAAGAUGCCACAGAGCCUCAACUGUUGUCACAGCUGCACCACUCAUGUACAAUAG